AAAAAUAUCAAAUAAAAUAGAAAAUAGAAAAGCGAAAAAGUAUCUUAACUAAACUCAACACAAAAAGUGCCUUCGAGAGAGAAAAAACCCCAACAACAAAAAAAAAAAAAAAGUAAAGAAAAAACUCCCCGCCACCCAUCAACAUUUGCUGCUCAAUGUUGGAGAAUUUAGCUGGAGGAGUUUUGAGUUUUAGUUUUUGAUUUUGAAUUAAGACACACAAGUGUGUUUUUGGGUGGUUAAGCCGGGGUCUAUAAGCCAAAUAUAUGGUAAUGGCAGAGAUUGGUGGCCAUUUGGCUCACCAGCUACCAUUGCACAACCACAAUCACAAUCAAACUGGAUUACAGCCAUCGCUGGUGAUGAAUCAUCACCUGGAUUUGGAUUGUCACGGCCACGAUGUGAUAAAAAAACAACGUUUGUCGCAUUGCGUGGGCUGUGGCGGUCAGAUACACGAUCAGUAUAUAUUGCGCGUUGCACCCGAUCUGGAGUGGCAUGCGGCGUGCUUAAAGUGCCAGGAAUGCAGGCAAUUUCUGGACGAGAGCUGUACGUGUUUUGUGCGCGAUGGCAAAACCUAUUGCAAGCGUGAUUAUGUUAGGUUAUUUGGUACAAAAUGUGAUAAAUGCGGUAACUCCUUUAGCAAAAAUGAUUUUGUGAUGCGUGCAAAAACGAAAAUCUUUCACAUCGAGUGUUUUCGUUGCUCAGCGUGUGCCAGACAAUUGCUGCCAGGCGAUGAGUUCGCGUUGCGGGAUGCGGGCGCCCUGUAUUGCAAGGAGGAUCACGAUGUGCUGGAGAAAUCAUCGCAAAGUAGUCUAACAUCAUCAUCUGUGGAGAGCAACAACAACAUUAGCACUAGUAACAACAACAAUACAAAUCUUAGCAAUAAUAACCAUUCCAGCGAAUUGGGCUCAAUGUCAGACUCUGGCAGCGAAUCGGGCUCACAUAAAAGUAUUAGGGAAAAGCGUCCCUCGGGUCCAUCGGAUGGCAAGCCGACGCGAGUGCGAACCGUUUUAAAUGAGAAGCAGCUGCAUACGCUGAGAACCUGCUACAAUGCUAAUCCGCGACCUGAUGCGCUCAUGAAGGAGCAGCUGGUUGAGAUGACCAGCCUGUCGCCGCGCGUCAUCCGUGUCUGGUUCCAGAACAAGCGUUGCAAGGACAAAAAGAAGACCAUCCAAAUGAAACUGCAAAUGCAACAGGAGAAGGAGGGUCGCAAACUGGGCUAUGGUGCCAUGCAGGGCAUACCGAUGAUUGCCAGUUCGCCGGUGCGACACGAUUCGCCGCUGAAUCUGCAGGGUCUGGAUGUGCAGACAUAUCAACCGCCAUGGAAAGCCUUAAGCGAUUUUGCCCUGCACGCCGAUCUCGACAGCAAUGGGGCCAUCAAUACGCACACGCCCGCAUUUCAACAGUUGGUCAAUCAGAUGCAUGGUUAUGAUUUGAAUGGAAUGCCGGUGCUGCCACCGCAUCCGGCACAGGGGCCACAUCCCGGAGGAGGACCGCCUGGCCAGCAAAUGAAUGGUCCGCCCGGGGGCAGCAGCAUGGACUCCGGCAUAACGUCGCACCAUCAUCCGGAUAGCACCGACUCGUAUGUGACAUACCUGGAGAGCGAUGACAAAUCCAAGCUGGCGCUGACGCCAUCCUCCUCGUCAUCGGCAUCGGCAACCACAUCGAUCUCAUCGCCGCCGUCAUCAGCAAUGGGUGCAAGUGGUGCAAAUGGUGCGAGUGGUAUUGCAAGUGGUGCAAAUGGUGGUGGUGGUGGUGUGGGUCUUGUGGGCGUGGGCUUAGGCGUCGGCUUGGGCCUUGGCGUUGGCGGUGGCCUCAUCGCCGCCAAUCAGUCGGCGACGGAGCAACUAAUGCAAAUGCUACAGAAAGUUACCGGCUCGCCGGCAUCAGUCCUCUGAGCGCAAAUCCAACAUUCACUGGCCUCCAUUGGUGACGGUGACGAUGCGGAUGCGGAUGCUGAUGCGGAUGCUGAUGCAGUGCU